GCACCCAACGUGGGACUACACAGAGCGGUCACCGAGGAAAAAAGGAAAAGUAACAGCAAACUCAAGAGGGGAAAAAACUAGCGACGGUGCUGGAAAGGAGGGGGCAAACGUAUUUUGCUAUUAAUCGGAUCGUCAAGAUUUAGUGACCACAGAGUGCACCCGAUAAGCAGUGUGCUCGGCCGGGACGGACCUACGCGCAUCGGAAACUUGGAUCUAGCGGCGGCGGAGUGUUGAGAUUUCAGGCGAUACACGGCGCUGAUCUGAGCUUCGACAAAUUAGAGUUUUGGAGCAGUGUUUCUACAAACCAUAACUUUAAUUUAACAUAUUCGGUUUGACCGCGAGCCCUUUCACCUUCACCCCAAAGCUGUGCGUAAACGUGUUGCCAAGUUUGUAGAGUUUCUCUGCCUGUGCGAGUCUAAUUUAAGGAUCUCGGCUGCGCUGUGUCCUUUCCACUACACGUUCUACAACCUUUACAGUUGGACAUGGAGAUAUCCACGCAGACCAUGUGUUUUGGACAAAAAGAAGCUGUUUUCCUUUCAUAUUAAGUUCUUUUGCUGUCAACUAUUUCUUGAUUCAAUCACUUUUUGAUCAUAUCACGCGUCUCUUCCGAGUUCAUAGAAAGUUAGACUUCAAACUUGUUCCAAAUGACUGUUUGAGAUGGAUUCUGUUCUCUCUUCAACAACCCCUUGUUUUUUGGACUGUACAUGGUUAUAAAAACGCUCUUAAUGCGUUAUAAAGGGGACCGUGUCUUUUUGAAAGCGCAUUAUCAGCCCAGUUAAGGGUCCGGGCAGAGCUCUGCGGCCGCGCUAUUUAACUGGAUACAAAAUGGCGGCGACCCUGGGAAAAUUUGGAAUUGUUUUUCGUUUUCUUUUUUAUUUAAUUUUUAUACCUGAACUGUUAACCAGUUAUGGCAUGGGUUCAGAAGUGCUAUGUGCCCAGAACUGCACUUGCAAUGGAGAUUCAGUGGACUGCAGCAACCUGGGACUGACUGCUCUUCCCCUGGACCUGCCUGUGGGGACAGUGUCUCUGAAUCUUGGGCACAACAAGCUGACUGCAAUAGAUCCUGAAUCCUUUGUCAAUCUUCUUCAUUUACGAGAGUUGCGGCUGGACCACAAUGAGCUGACCUCCAUACCAGAUUUAGGAACUGCAGCUUCUAAGAUUGUAUCACUCUACCUGCACCAUAACCAUAUUCACAGUAUUGAUGGGAGGCUGAUCAGAGAGAUGGCUUCGGUGGAAACACUGGACCUUAGUAAUAAUGACAUCACAGAGCUACGAGGACAAUCUUUCCCCGCUGGCCUUCAAAUCCGAGACCUGUAUCUGAGCAACAACAAGAUCAGGGAUUUGGAAUCGGGAGCUCUGGACCAUCUGGGCGCGUCUCUCCAGGUUCUCCGACUGAGCCGAAAUCGCAUCAGCCAGAUCCCUGUGAGAGCCUUCCAGCUCCCGAAGCUCACCCAGCUUGAGCUGAACAGGAACCGCAUCCGUCAGAUAGAAGGUCUGACGUUUCAGGGACUGUCGAGUCUGGAGGUGCUGAAGUUACAGAGAAACACCAUCAGCAAACUCACUGAUGGAGCCUUCUAUGAUCUGGCCAAAAUGAAAGUCCUACAUCUGGACUAUAACAGCCUGACAGAAGUAAAUAGUGGCUCGCUGUAUGGUCUGACGUCUCUUCAGCAGCUUUUUCUUAGUAACAACUCUAUAGCUCGCAUUAACCAGGAUGGGUGGAAGUUCUGCAAUAAACUGAGGGAACUGAAUCUGUCAUACAAUAACCUGACUCGUCUGGAAGAAAGCAGUUUAGCAGUGCUGGGGGAUCUCCACACUCUUCGCCUGGGCCACAACUCCAUCAGCCACAUCACUGAGGGAGCCUUCAGGGGCCUCAGAGCUGUGCGUGUGCUGGAGUUGGACCAUAACGACAUCUCAGGCACAAUAGAGGACACCAACGGAGCCUUCUCUGGAUUGGACAGCCUCAACAAGCUGACUCUGUUUGGAAACAAGAUCAAAUCUGUGGCCAAAAAAGCCUUCUCUGGUCUGGAAACACUGGAACACCUAAAUUUGGGGAACAAUACCAUUCGUUCGAUUCAACCUGAAGCUUUCAGCAAAAUGAGAAGUCUCAAAACCCUUCUCAUCCAGAGUGAUAGCUUCCUAUGUGACUGCCAGCUUCACUGGUUGCCCACAUGGUUGGUCUCUCGUAACCUGCAGGCCGGUGUCAAUGCCACCUGUGCUCACCCUGAGAACCUCAAAGGAGCCAGUAUCUUCCGGGCUCCACCUGACAGCUUUGUUUGUGAUGACCUCCCAAAGCCUCAGAUUACUGUACAACCUGAAACGACCAUGACAGUUUUAGGAAGUGAUGUUCGUCUCACCUGCACAGCGGCCAGCAGCAGCUCUUCUCCCAUGACUUUUGCUUGGAGGAAAGACCAGGAGCUACUUCGGCACGCUGAGACAGAAAACUUUGCUCAUGUUCGUGCCUCAGAUUCUGUAGCCGCACAGAACGGAGGUGUUAUGGAGUACACCACCAUCUUGCACCUCAGGCGUGUCACCUUUGCCCAUGAAGGUCGUUACCAGUGUAUCAUCACCAACCACUUUGGCUCUACCUAUUCCAGCAAGGCUCGUCUCAUUGUCAACAUUCUUCCCUCUUUCAUGAAAACGCCACGUGACAUCACCAUUAGGACUGGACACACUGCGCGGCUUGAGUGUGCAGCAGUGGGACAUCCUACCCCACAGAUUGCCUGGCAGAAAGAUGGAGGCACAGACUUCCCUGCUGCCCGUGAGCGCAGAAUGCAUGUGAUGCCUGAUGAUGAUGUUUUCUUCAUAAUGUCAGUGAAGCCUGAGGACAUGGGCGUGUACAGCUGCACAGCCAAGAACAUGGCGGGCACCGUAUCAGCAAACGCCACGCUCACCGUUCUAGAGACCCCUCACCUGGCCCAGGACCUGGAGGACCGAUCAGCAGUGGUGGGAGACACAGUAGCACUGCAGUGUAAAGCCCUAGGUAGUCCUCCGCCCCGAAUCACAUGGUUACGUAAUGACCAGCCUCUGCACCCGUCUGAGCGCCAUCAUUUCACCCCCGGAAAUCAGUUGCUUGUAAUCGGUUCCGUCUCUCUGGAGGACGCUGGACGCUACACCUGUGUUAUGUCCAACACUUUGGGCACAGAACGCGCUCACAGCCAGCUGGUGGUCACUCAGCGGAGAUCACCCUGCAUGUCCCCAUCAGGCCCUGGCACCGUCACUAUAGGAAUAAUUGUGAUUGCAGUGGUGACCAGUAUUGUCCUGACCUCGCUGGUGUGGGUGUGCAUCAUCUACCAAACCAGGAAGAAAAGCGAGGAGUGUAGUGUCACUAACACAGAUGAGACAAUAGUUCCUCCAGACGUACCCAGCUACCUGUCCUCUCAGGGCACACUGUCAGAGCGGCAAGAUGUGUGCAUCCGGGUGGAGGCGGGCAGUGGUCCUCAACCUAAUGGACACAUCGACUCCACUGGUUUUGAUUGUGCUGUGAUGUGUUCAGAUUGUAUCGAAAACAGCAACAGUUACUCCAAAGACCCGGACUACCUGAGCCAUGAGUUUAGACCAGUAGCAGGUUUGGAGUACCAGCAGCAGGAUAGUGAACCUCCAGCGUACUCCCUCUGUACCACGGUGGAGCAGCCGGACAGAGAGCUGCAUAAGGCCUUAUUGUGUAACGGGACGCCCAAUGGCAUCCGAAAGGAUGUACAAGACCCGUUUCCAAAAAAACACAAUCUGAUCCAACAUGAUCGAAAAGUGGACAGAGCAGCACAGGAAGACUGCUCCUUAUCACAGGACAAUUCCUUCCACAAACCAGUGAAAUUGUCUAAUCACCAGGACACAGACUGUGAGCCGGACCUCAGACAGACUCUAUUGUCCAAUGGACACAUUCUCAGAGCCUCCCAGAAUGAGAGCGCCCCCUUAAGAAGAGCCAGCGACUAGCAGGCACUUAAGUCUGAACUCACAGAAGCUGAGAGGACUUUUCUUUGCACUGGGAAAUAAACUGCUACCUCAUAUCGAGGCCAAUGGCCCCAAGCUUCCUGGCCUGAGGCUAAGGACAGCGAAGGGCAUCCGGAGUUUGAAGGUGGAGCUUGUGUGGGUGGCGUCCCAUCUGAGCGUAUUAGCUGUACAUAAUUAAAAUCUUCCUCUGGGAGGUAACCAAGAAUUCUAGCUCCAUAAUAUGACUUGCAUUUGAAGCAUGUACAUGUAGGGAAUCUGUACAGUAUAUAUUGUGCAGGGAAAUGGAAUACCUUGGACAUUUGACUGUACAUAAGAGUUUCUUAUAUAUUAUAUGAUUUUUACAAAAGAGUAUUUGAAUUUAUGUGCAUGACAAAGAAAGGAGUGAUUGUAUCUUUAUUUUUGUUCAAAACAACAUUUUCAGCUUCUACCAACAUUCAGCUGCUGUGCCUUACUGUACUGCAUGAACAAAGAAAACUCACAAAGCUCAUUUUGAAUAGUUUGAGUAACCUGGUACCUGGUACACUCUCUAUGCCAUGUAUGGGACUGUAUUGCACUAGAAUGUUUUUGACAAAUGUUGCCAGUCCUGGCCUUUCACAGAUACAGUUUGCAUCCAUUAUAUGAAGGAAGAGCUUACAUGUUGUUUUUAUAUAGGUCAGAAAGUUCAGUGUGGAUUAGACUGAGGGUGAUCAGUUAAAGCACUUUUACAUGAUUCGUAUAGAAAUGCAUAUAUCUGCUGCCAAUAGGAAUGCAGGAACCAUAGGUGCCUCCUUGGGUUAGGAGACAUUCCACAAUUGUUGACAUGUUAAAGUAAUGCGCACAGACUGUUCCAUUAGGCUCUUCCACCUGUUUCAUUUAAGUUACUGCUCAGUUGAACUGCUCUAUUCAUUCAGUCCAAUGUAUUUCUUUAUUUCCAGGAAAAGUGUCAAUAUUUGUUGUUCAGUUGUUAAAAAUCUAGAGAGCUGAUAAUUUUUCUGUUUGGAUUUCAUAUUGGCUGUGUCUUUGCUUUCAAAUUGUGUGCAUUAGAGCACUUAUUUUUAAUUGGACAAAAAGUUUCGCUUAACCUGGUGAGUUAAAGAGUUCCUUUGUUACUGCUGUAAUGUGUCUCAACAUCCACUAUAUCUGGCCAGUAUUUCCCAUGUAUUCAGUCUCCCAGUAAAUACUUUUAUGUUAAAGGUUUUCAGGUGCAGCACUUAAUGUACUGGCACAACUUCGACAUGGUUUAAAUAGCUACUUUGUCUGGUGUUUGCAUGUGUUUCUUUCACGCUUCUGUUACCUGUGGCCUUAUCAAGGUAAACCAGAGGACGUGCCUUCUCCAGUUACACCUGAUAGCACCUAACAGUUAAGAUUUUACCAGCAAGUCCAAUCAGAAACCCCUCUUCGAAAAAAAAACGAAUCCAUCGGGUAAAAAGGGACAAAUGGAGCGAGAUGCAGUUCAUGUCUGCGUAAUUUAUUAAACUGUUCAAACCAUUGUACCAACAGGAAAGCUAAAGCAUAGAAGUGUCUAACAUGGCAUUGAAGUGGCUAAUAAAAAUCACUUUUGCUAAUAA